GACCGGACCAGUGGAGUCAUGCUUCACACAGCUGUAUCUUGCUGGCAGCCAUUCCUAGGUCUGGCUGUGCUGCUAUUCUUCAUGGGCCCCACCAUUGGCUGCCCAGCCCGCUGUGAAUGCUCGGCGCAGAACAAGUCCGUCAGCUGUCACCGGAGGCGCCUGAUGUCUAUCCCAGAGGGCAUUCCAAUUGAAACCAAAAUCUUGGACCUCAGCAAGAACCGACUGAAGAGCGUCAACCCUGAGGAAUUUAUGACGUACCCCUUGCUGGAGGAGAUUGACCUCAGUGACAAUAUAAUCGCCAAUGUGGAGCCUGGAGCCUUUAACAAUCUCUUCAACUUGCGCUCCCUAAGGCUGAAAGGAAACCGUCUGAAGCUGGUCCCCCUCGGGGUAUUCACUGGGUUGUCAAACUUAACAAAGCUUGAUAUAAGUGAAAACAAGAUUGUCAUUUUGCUGGACUACAUGUUCCAAGAUUUGCAUAACCUAAAGUCCCUGGAGGUUGGGGACAAUGAUUUGGUUUAUAUAUCACACAGGGCCUUUAGUGGACUGCUUAGCCUGGAGCAGCUCACCCUGGAGAGGUGCAACCUCACAGCUGUACCAACAGAAGCUCUUUCCCACCUCCACAACCUCAUCAGACUUCAUUUGAAACAGCUCAACAUCAACGCUUUGCCUGCGUAUGCCUUUAAAAGAUUGUUUCGCCUGAAAGACCUGGAGAUAGACUCCUGGCCCCUCCUGGACAUGCUGCCUGCCAACAGCCUGUACGGUCUCAACCUGACUUCUCUCUCCAUCACCAACACCAACCUGUCCGCAGUACCUUACACUGCUUUUAAACAUCUGGUUUACCUGACACAUCUAAACUUGUCCUACAACCCCAUCAGCACCAUUGAAGCAGGCAUGCUUUCAGAUUUGGUACGCCUGCAGGAACUCCACAUGGUGGGGGCCCAGUUACGUACCAUCGAACCACAUGCUUUCCAAGGGCUCCGAUUCUUACGAGUGCUUAAUGUGUCACAAAAUCUGCUAGAAACCCUAGAAGAGAAUGUAUUUCAUUCCCCCAAAACCCUUGAGAUCCUCUGCAUUAACAACAAUCCUCUGGCCUGUGACUGCCGUCUCCUUUGGAUUUUACAGAGGCAGCCCACUUUGCAGUUUGGAGGGCAACCACCAAUGUGCGCUGGCCCAGACAGUGUCAAGGAGAGGUCAUUCAAAGAUUUUCACAGCACAGCCCUCUCCUUUUACUUCACCUGUAAGAAGCCCAGGAUUCAAGACAAGAAGCUGCAAUACCUGGUUGUGGAGGAAGGGCAGACAGUGCAGCUGAUGUGCAAUGCUGAUGGGGAUCCGCAGCCCACCAUAUCCUGGGUUACCCCACGUCGGAGGCUGAUCACAACUAAGUCAAAUGGAAGAGCCACUGUGCUGGGAGAUGGCACACUGGAGAUCAGAUUUGCUCAAGACCAGGACACUGGGAUCUAUGUUUGUAUUGCAAGUAACGCAGCUGGGAAUGACACCUAUUCGGCCUCCCUUACGGUAAAGGGGUUUACUUCAGACCGUUUCCUUUAUGCCAACAGGACCCCUAUGUAUAUGACAGACUCCAACGACACCAGUUCCAAUGGAACUAAUGCAAACACUUUCUCUCUGGACCUUAAGACAAUAUUGGUGUCCACAGCUAUGGGCUGCUUCACAUUCCUUGGAGUGGUUUUAUUUUGUUUCUUACUUCUUUUUGUGUGGAGCCGAGGGAAAGGCAAACACAAAACCAGCAUUGACCUUGAAUAUGUCCCUCGCAAAAACAAUGGUGCUGUAGUUGAAGGGGAGGUUGCUGGACCGCGAAGGUUCAAUAUGAAAAUGAUUUGAUGGUGUUCUGCUAGCAGUACUUCUUCUGUGGCAUUAUAACCAAUUAAACCAGCCUGGCAUGUGGAAUUGCUGGGUAAACACAGCUUAACGCAGCUGUCACUGUAUCAAAAGGUUACGUGGAAAUCAAAAGACUAUUUGUGGUUGUACAGCAGAGCCUCCAGACCUUGAGGCAGAUAUGUCAGGGCCUUUCAUAGAACUGGUAAAUUGUACUAACUGUUUGCAUUGCAAAUAUUGGCAUUCUGGGGAUAUCAGCAAUGAACCUUUGGCUCAUGCUCAUGGACAAUUGUUCAACAUUUUCUACCACUACAGAAAGAAAAAGGAAAAGGAAAAAAAUAAGCCUACAGUGUAGGAUUUACAUACUUAAAGAAAAAGACACAUUUGUCUAAAGCAUACUCUACAGUGAAAUUU